AUGGCUACCCAGACCGGGACCGCCUCAAAGAGGCCCAAGUUGUCGUUGUCUAUCAAGACAUCGCCGGCCCCUCACACAAGGAUCAACAAGUCCCUGUCUGUCGUCGACCCCAAGGAUCCAACAGCUUUCAAUACUCUCUCUAAUGUCUAUGUUACCGCCAUUGAGCGGUCGACAUCCGAGCCGCUCACUGCCAUCAACACUUCGCAACAGCAGCCUCCGCGCUUGCAAAAGGACUCGAAACCUCUCCAGCUACGCAUACAAACACCUUAUGCCGUCUCAUACCCCGAGACACCGUUGACCGCACAUCCCAUCUCCCCUGCUGUUGCUAUGGAGAUGACCUUUCCAAGUACAAUGACUGCGACUCCGCCUCUGUCGGCUGGCCCCAUGGACUCGGACGGCCCUCAGAUGUUUGGAUUCUCUCCCAUCGACACGAAGACCCCGUUGACAGCAAUCGGGUCCAUUGCCUUGCCAGAGCCGCGCUCUCAACGGAAAAGAACCAACCUCUCCUUGACAGGCUCGAAGUUGCCAUACACCCACCCUCGCUCCCUCCACAGCAUCCUCCGCAAUUCGCCUCUUCCUCCCCCAACUGCCAAGACACCCAUCUCACCAAGGCGACAAUCGCUGCGCUUGCAGGAAAAGGCGGCCCGCCGCGUGGCCUACAAUAGCCCCAUUGAGCAAACCAUUAUCACCGAAACGUAUACCAAGUCUCACAUCGACCUGCUCACUGAAGAUGUAUCACCGGCGUCACCCACGCCAGCCCAAGAACCGAACAACGUCCUUGACGCCGCCAUGGCUUUCACGAGCGACGAAACGCGCGACGGUGGCAUGACCCCAGGACCCUUUGAGGAGAUGCGGCGGCGAAUGGCCGGACUGGCAGCUAACUCGCCACCAGUCAGCCCAUCAGGCGGAAUCAGGAAGCGGAGGCGCAGGGAGAAGAAGCGCCGUUGGGUUUGGACCAUUGGCAACCAAGAGGAGGACGAAGAGAACCUGGGCGGGGCAGUAGCAGCCUUGCGGGCGGCCGAGGCGGUAACACAAACACCAGAGCCUGCCCAAAAGAGACCCAGGGCCCCGGUGGUGGAGGUGCAGACCUGUGGCGAUCUCCCGACGCCUAGCGUCGAGACGUUUGAAGAGGCUGGCGAGGUUGAGAUGUCGGACACGAGCAGCGUCUCGUGCGAUCGGGGCCUAACGCCGGGGGACAUGGAGGUUGAUUUGACGACGCCAACGGUGCCCAAGCGCCUCAUGUCACAGAGCGACCGGCUUGGAUCGGCCGACCUAAUCAAUCCGGAAACUGGUAGCAGACGGGACACGCCCAUACCUCCUGAUAUGGUGGUUCAUUGA